AUGGUAACUUUUAACUACAGCAACCAAAUAAUUAACAAUCUUAAUGACACAAAUGAAGCUGCUAAUGUGGAACUACAGUUUUCAGAAGGCAUAACAUACAUAAUAAUAAUGCUUAUAUCUGUACUUAUUUUCAUUACUGUCUUUGGCAACAUUCUAGUUAUGGUAGCUUUUAUUAUAGAUAAGAGGCUCAGAACCCAAAGCAAUUUCUUCCUCCUCAACCUAGCUAUAUGUGAUUUAUUGUUGGGAGCAGUUGCCAUUCCCUUGUAUAUUCCAUACCUAAUGACUGGAAAGUGGAUGUUGGGGGCAUUUCUUUGCAAACUUUGGUUAGUAGUAGACUACACCAUGUGCACAGCUUCAGCAUUAAAUGUGGCUCUAAUCAGUUAUGACAGAUUUCUUUGUGUCACCAUGGCUGUAUUUUACCGCUCCCUGCAAAACAGACACAGUCAGACUGUCCUAAGGAUGGCCAUGGUCUGGAUACUUUCCUUCCUUCUCUACAGCCCUGCUAUUCUUUUAUGGGACAGUAUUGUUGACUACACAUACAUUUCUGAGGGCCUAUGUAUUGCUGGAUUCCAUUACAACUACUACUUCCUGCUGGUUACAUCAUCAAUUGAUUUUGCCCUUCCAUUUUUUAGUAUUUUAUUUUUCAAUAUGAGUAUCUACUGGAAUAUUUCCAAACGCAACAGGAAGAAGCGUCAAUCUUCUGUUCUUUUGUUUUCAGGAGAAAAGGGAGAAAACAGCGGCCCACAUAUUGUAGCAACCAAUACAGUUCUGUUUUCUGCUCAGUCCGCUAUGGAAGGUGACUGUAAAGCACAUCUAAAGAGAAAGGUUAACAUCCCUAGUUUUUUUCGACAACGCUGUGGAAGAAUAAACUUGACUACCAUGGAAAAUGAUCCUGCUCAUAUGAGGGAAAAACAGCUAAUACUUAAACUAUCCAAAGACAAGAAAGUUGCAAAAUCACUAGCUGUUCUGGUUUGCAUAUUCGCUGUAUGUUGGGCCCCCUACACAUUCCUCAAUAGUAUUCGUGCAGCCUGCCAUGGCUACUGUAUUGAUUACUAUUUGUAUGAGGUCACAUUUUGGCUUCUAUGGAUGAAUUCAGCAAUUAACCCAAUUCUCUACCCACUGUGCCAUAAACAGUUUAGAAAGGCUUUUCUAAAAGUUUUUAUACACAUUUGGUUGAGGAAAGUUGAAGGAUAA